AUGACUCACGCUAUGCUAGGUCACGUGGACAGGAUUGCACAAUCCAACAGAUCCGAUAAGGUUCGCGUGAAAUCCGCCCUCGGCUUGGCCAUCGUUUUUGCCAUUGAAAACUUGUGUGUGAUGGCCCCCAUCUCUGCGCUUUCCCAUCUGACUCUAACGGCUCCCAAUAGGAGACUCCACGAAGAGUCUCUCAAUUUCUAUAGUCGCCUGGGAUUCAAGGCCAUUUCUCAGGAAACAGACGACGUAUGGUUGCACUUGUUCCCGCCUCCGAGUGCCAAGCACGGCGCUGGCUUCACGUUGCAUUUGAUAGUGGACAAUGUACCUACGUUUGAUGAAAGCACCUUUCAAAGGAAAUGGAAAAAGACAGCAGACUCUUUAACCGACGACAAGGUCGGAUACGCGUCUUGGGGCUGUUUUGUCGUCGACGACGUACAGGCAAUCCAAGCUGAAUUGGACAAAACCAAUUACCCUUACAAAGUGUCCAGCCUUCAAUACUCACAACUUUGGACGUCUCAACGGGUCACUUCCCACUCGCACAUUACUGGUCCCGCCAGCGAAACCCCACAGACAGAAGCGGUUGCACUCCAGACAUAUGAUCCUAUAGGUAACCUUCUGACUUUCACGAACCGCGCGUCUCCUUUUGGAACGGGAAAGGUGGAUGCCGUUGCAGUAUCCCAAACAUCCUUGGCCUCUAUAGCUACCGUGGAUGGCAUCCCAACCGCGUCAACGGACGAAGGGAAACCACGGCAGCGCAAGCGAAUUGGAAUUCUAACCAGCGGUGGUGAUUCGUCAGGAAUGAACGCUGCUGUCAGAUCCAUCACUAGAGUAGCGUUACAGCGUGGGUGUGUUCCAUUCGCCAUUUAUGAAGGAUACCAAGGUCUGGUUGAUGGCGGUAACUACAUCAAGCGUCUUGGCUGGGAAGAUGUUCGUAGUCUGCUUGCAGUCGGAGGCACUUCCAUUGGUACAGCUCGCUGUGCGGACUUUCGUACUCGAGAGGGGCGUUUGAAAGCAGUAUAUAAUCUCAUUACAAACGGAAUUGAUGCAUUGGUGGUAAUUGGGGGCGACGGGUCCCUUACAGGAGCUGAUAUGUUGAGAGCAGAAUGGAAGGGUUUGGUAGAUGAGCUCGUGGCUCUUGGAAAAAUAAAGGAAGAUGAGUGUCAGCAUUUACGGGAAGAUCUUACCAUCGUUGGCAUGGUUGGGUCAAUCGACAACGACAUGUCGUCCACAGACAUUACCAUUGGUGCCGUAACCUCGCUCCAUCGAAUUUGCGAGGCUGUCGAUAACCUCACCUCGACGGCACUAUCUCAUCAGCGUGCCUUUGUUGUGGAGGUCAUGGGCCGUCAUUGCGGUUGGCUAGGGUUGAUGGCGGGUAUCGCUGUUGGCGCAGAUUGGGUGUUUCUACCCGAAAGGCCUCCUCCACUAGACGAUGCUCGCUACGGUGACGAUUGGGAGACUGAAAUGUGUGAUACCAUAAAGAAAUACCGAAGCAGGGGCAACCGCAAAUCCCUCGUAAUUGUAUGUGAAGGUGCCAUCGAUCGUCAGUUGAACCCGAUAAAGGCAGACUAUGUACAGAAAGUUUUAACUGAAAGGCUUCAUUUGGACACACGUGUUACUUGCCUCGGUCAUGUACAACGGGGUGGGACUCCAUGCGCAUACGACAGGUUUCUGGCGACGGUUCAGGGAGUGGAGGCGGUGGAAGCGGUGCUGCGUUCCAAGCCUGGGGUUCCUGCACCGAUGAUUGGCAUUAGUCAUAACAAGAUCACCGCCGUUCCGUUGAUGGAGGCAGUGCAGUUGACACAUGCAGUGGGAGAGGCAAUUAAGAAAAAAGACUUUGCUCGAGCUAUGGAGUUACGCGAUCCCUCGUUUACUGCCAUUUAUGAUGCCUUUUUAGAGACAACCAUCUUCUCACAAGGCAAAAAUCAGCCUGGUCCCGACGGGCAGAGACUUCGCAUUGGAAUCAUUCACACUGGUGCCCCAGCGGGUGGAAUGAAUGCAGCCACCCGUACGGUGGCACGUCUUUGCCUGAACCGAGGACAUGUACCUAUUGGAAUUCGCAAUGGGUUUUCCGGUUUGAUUCGGGACGAGGUUGCACUGUUGAAAUGGAAUGACACUGUGGGGUGGCAGGUUCGCGGUGGCUCUGAACUGGGCACUAACCGCGACCAUCCGCAACCUCUACCGGGCGGACCAAAGAUUGCUCCCAAGGGGGAUGGGGAAUUCGUUGAUCUCGGUCUCAUCGCAUAUCACAUGCAGAAGCAUGACAUUCAGGCUUUGUUGAUUGUGGGCGGAUUUGAAGCGUACACAGCGCAGCUCACGUUGACGCACGCUCGAAGCGUGUUCCCAGCAUUUUGCAUACCAAUGAUUCAACUUCCAGCUACGGUUUCUAACAAUGUUCCUGGCACGGAUUACUCCAUUGGCAGUGACACGGCAUUGAAUGCCAUUGUGGAAGCUUGCGACCGUAUCAAAUUGAGUGCGAAUGCUAGCAGAAAAAGAGUUUUUGUUGUGGAGGUUCAGGGCGGAAACUGCGGGUAUCUCGCUACGCUUGGGGGCCUGACAACAGGGGCCACCACGGUAUAUAUCCCCGAAGAAGGAGUGAAUAUCGACAAACUUCAAAGCGACAUUCGUCAUCUCUGUAAACGUUAUACAGAGGAAGAUCGGUGGGGUAUACCUAAUGAAGGUCGUGUUAUUCUUCGGUCUGAAAUGGCGUCAAGCACGUACACCACCGACGUGAUUUCGAACAUUUUACGCGCAGAAGGGAAAGGUUUAUUUGACUCUCGUACUGCGGUUCUUGGUCACCUGCAACAAGGUGGGGUACCCAGUCCGCUGGAUCGUAUCCGGGCGACUCACCUAGCCGUGAACUGUGUCAAUUGGCUUGAAAAGGCUGCCGCUGCCGCAGGCGAGGCUCUGGCCCACACGCCCGUAGCUGGUGCCAGUUCUGUGUACACAAAACAACCGAGUCAUAGCUGCAUCAUCGGGAUUGUCGGUGCUGAAACAGUGUAUACCCCAGUGGAAGACAUUCUCAAGGAAGCAGAUGUGAAAGCUCGACGUGGCAAAGACCAAUGGUGGAUGGGCUUCAACCGUUUGAUUCGGGUCUUAUCAAAGUAUGAAUACUCCGCGGAUGUAGUAGAUACCGACACAGUGGAUCUCCUUAGGAACAGAGACCCUUCGAGGACAAUGCCGAAACACUCUCACAGCGAAUCUGAUGAUCGCUGAGAGACAUAUUCGGCACGGACCGAUUUAGAUAGUAGUAACAGCAUUAUCCUCAAAUCAAGAGACUUGAGUUGCCGCAUCAACACUCAUACAAUCGCACACCGUCCUCUGAACGGCAAAUUCAAUAUAGUUUUGAAUAUCAAUUUUCAACAUUAAAUGGAGCAUAUUUUUUCGAAUUCGUUUAUUGGAAGCCCUAUACAUCACUAACCCAGACCUCAAUAAACAUUUUAUUCGGCAGGGAUUUCAAUUUCCUGCAUGCGAAUAUGAAUAUUAGC